GCGCGGCGCGGGGGCUGCCGGGAGGUGCGGCGCGGCGCGGGGGCUGCCGGGAGGCGCGGCCGGGCGGGGAGGCGCAGUCCGGCGGGCCCGGUGCGGAGCGCGGCGCCAUGCAGAAAUACGAGAAGCUGGAGAAGAUCGGGGAAGGCACCUACGGGACGGUGUUCAAGGCCAAGAACCGGGAGACGCACGAGAUCGUGGCGCUGAAGCGGGUGCGUCUGGACGACGACGACGAGGGCGUGCCCAGCUCGGCGCUGCGCGAGAUCUGCCUCCUCAAGGAGCUCAAGCACAAGAACAUCGUCAGGCUCCACGAUGUCCUGCACAGCGACAAGAAGCUGACGCUGGUGUUCGAGUUCUGCGACCAGGACCUGAAGAAGUACUUUGAUAGCUGCAACGGGGACUUGGAUCCGGAGAUCGUUAAGUCUUUCAUGUACCAGCUGCUGAAGGGACUUGCUUUCUGCCACAGCCGCAACGUCCUGCACAGGGACCUCAAGCCCCAGAACCUUCUCAUUAACAGAAAUGGGGAGCUCAAACUGGCUGACUUUGGCUUGGCCCGGGCCUUUGGCAUCCCUGUGCGCUGUUACUCGGCAGAGGUCGUCACUCUGUGGUACCGGCCCCCAGAUGUGCUCUUCGGCGCCAAGCUCUACUCCACUUCCAUAGACAUGUGGUCAGCCGGCUGCAUCUUCGCAGAGCUGGCUAACGCUGGGCGGCCCCUGUUCCCCGGGAACGAUGUAGACGACCAGCUGAAAAGGAUUUUCCGGCUGCUGGGAACCCCCACGGAGGAGCAGUGGCCCGCCAUGGCCAAGCUGCCGGACUACAAGCCGUACCCCAUGUACCCCGCCACGACGUCGCUGGUGAACGUGGUGCCCAAGCUGAACGCCACGGGCCGGGACCUGCUGCAGGUGCGCGAGGCCGUUUCCCCCGUGGGCAGCUCCCGGGGCGGCGUUGCCCGACGCGCCUUGGCAGCGGCAGCUCUGCAGCAGCAGCAGCAGCAGCGAUGUCAAGACAAAAGUGACCGGUUCUCUGCUCCACCCCGUGACCCAACAUUGCACCUUGGCAGCAGGAGAGAGAGAGAGAGAGAGAGAGAGGAAGGAAGGAAGGAAGGAAGGAAGAGAGAAUUAGGGGCAGGGGGAAGUCACGGGAAGGAUAAAAGGAACAACAUGGGUUUGGGUAAAAAAAAAAUAAAGUGCUUAACAGUGAUUAAACAGAGGUGUUGCUCAAUGCAAGCUUAUUCUUUAACAACUUUAACAACAUUUAACUUCACAGAACAGACAUCAAAACUGAGAUAACGAGGUAGGAUUGUU